AUGGCACAGGAUGUGCGCGAUUCCCAACAGCAGCCUCUGAGACUUGAGCAUGCCUUGGACGUCGGUAUCACAGAGAAAUCCCCACAGUCAUUAGAACCGCCAACCAGUCUUACAAACGGACUUAAGAAAGACAAGCGCUCCGAAGAACCUCUACGCAAUGGCACAUUAGAUGCGUCGGCUGGUGCCUCGCAAGCUAUAGAAAACGCCGUCGCAGAUAUUGGUGGUUUAGAACUGGGGAACAAAUUGCGGACAUUACCUGCAUGGAUUCGAUCUUAUGAAACUGCGAACGAUGAAGCCGAGGCGUCGGCUACAGCAAGACUACUACCUCCGCAACCCGAUGACGUGCUCGUUGCCCAACAUAACCACUCCCCCUAUGCGACGUCGAGACCAGACUAUACCACAGAGCAAGGCUUUGACGAAGAGACUGGCUUAGGCCCACGUCGCGAAUCCCGGUGGAAGUCUUUCUCAAAGGCAAUCGCCUAUCCCCUAGAACCUGACCUUGAAGAGAAGCGGGUAACGCCUGAAUGGUUGGAUCAGAACCAUACCGACUUCUCGCAGCCAUGGCGAGGGCAACUGGAGCCGAGUGAAGAUACCGAGGAUCCGCUCAAGAUGAAGCGACGCAGACAGAUCUGGUUCAAGCGCUUCCACACCACUUUGUUGAAGAGCCCUAUAGUGCCGCUGGUCUUUCGGCUCACCGUCUGGUUCUUCUCUCUUACUGCCCUUGCCCUUGGAGGAUCUAUACAGCAUCUCUCAGACAAGUACCAACACGCCCAAGGCCCGUCCGCCUUGAUGGCUAUUAUUGUGGAUGCGGUCGCCCUCGUCUAUCUGGUUUACAUCACAUGGGACGAAUACACAGCCAAACCACUGGGGCUACGCUCUCCAGCUGCAAAGGCUCGACUGAUUCUCCUGGAUAUAUUUUUUAUAGUGUUCGAUUCAGCAAACCUGAGUAUAGCAUUCGAAUCAUUAUCCACGGUCAGCGGGGCGUGUAAGCUAGCAGAGAUCAAUCAGCACAUUUCCGAGAAGAAUGAUGCGAUAUGCGACAGGCAAAUAGCACUUGCCUGUGUCCUGCUGGUUGCUCUGUUGGCUUGGCUUAUGACCUUUGCAAUAAGUGUUCUUAGACUCGUUGAGCGAGUUGCCCAGUGA